CCUAGUACCAAACUGAUUGUAAUAUCUGACUGCAGCUAUAUAAAGUAAAAAGUUUACAACCAAAACAUCAGUUAACGCACCGACGUUGAAUAACAACAAUCAAAAUGUUCUCAAAGCUCGCAGUAUUCGCUCUCCUGGUGGUGGCUGCCCAGAGCAGCGCAGUGCACGGCGGCAACUACAACAGCUUCUCAUACGGAGUACAUGACCCGCACACCGGCGACGUGAAGGGCCAGCACGAGACCCGGCACGGGGACAGCGUGGUCGGACAGUACUCCCUACUGGAGUCCGACGGCACCCGCCGCGUCGUCGACUACGCCGCCAACCCCCACACCGGCUUCAACGCCGUCGUGCGCAAGGAGCCCGUCGGCCACGCCGUUGUCGCUCCCGUGGCUUACGCCGCUCACGCCGCUCCCGUCGCCUACGCCGCUCACGCCGCCCCCGUCGCCUACGCCGCUCACGCCGCCCCAGUUUCCUACGCUGCUCACGCCGCUCCCCUGGCCUACUCUGGUGCCUACGCUGGAGCCUACGGUGCCCAUGGAGCCUACAACACCCCUCUGGCCUACGGACACUCGGCCAUCGCUGCUCCCCUCGCAUACUCCUCUGGCUACUCUCACGCCGGUCUCGGCUACGGAUACGGAGCUUCUGGCAUCCACGGAGGAUACUACUGAAUGUAACUUGUUAAAUAACUGAACCAAAAACCAACGAUUAUGAUUAUUUACUCAUCAGCUUGUGAUAUAGUUGUACAUAUAGGUUAAGUAGCAAAUGGCCAAUAAAUGGUAUACGAUUUAA